AUGGCGGCGAGAACAAGUAGGGGCAGGCAAAGGAUUGAGAUGGUGAAGAUAGAGAGGAAGAGCAAUCUUGAAGUCACGUUCUCGAAGCGCCGCAUUGGACUUUUCAAGAAGGCCAGUGUGCUUUCCACCCUUUGCGGCGCUGAUGUUGCUAUUAUUGUUUUCUCGCCGGCGGGGAACAAAGUUUUCUCAUUCGGCCACCCCACUGUGGAGGCGGUGAUGGAGAGGUUUCUUGGCGAGGACAACCCUGCGCCGGUUAACGAGACCGGCGGCGGGGCGUUGGCGACGGAGCAGUUUAUUGAGGCUCAGCGGAAUGCAAGGGUCCAGGAACUGAACAUGGAGCUGACGCGCCUGGAGGCCGUAUUUGAGUUUGAGAAGAAGAGGGGCGAGGCCAUUGAUGGAUUUGUGGAGGCGAAUCGUGAAGCUCAUGGAUGGAUGAGAGGCUCUUACGAUGAGCUUAGCUUUCAGCAGCUUGUAACUCUGAAAAUUGGUAUGGAAAAUCUGAUGAAAGAAAUUCAGCGGAAAGCUCAUCAUCAGCUUAUGGCAGUGCACGGAAAUGGCACGCCAUUUAAUCCAUAUGCAGGUGGCGUUUUCCCCUCUGGAAAUAUGGUUUCCGGGGACCAAACUUUUGCAUUCAACUUUGGCACUAAUGGUGGCGCUGCCGGAGCUCUUCCUUUUACUAGUGGUGUCCCUGGAGCUCAUCCCUUCACUAGUGGUGGCGCCGCUGGAGCUCUUCCUUUCACUAGUGGUGUCCCAGGAGCUCAUCUCUCCACUAGUGGUUCUAGUUCCAUGGCAGGUGGCUAUAAUACAGUUUCUCCAUGGGUUGCAAGCACCAGUGGUGCAUCUAACUCUGCAGGUGGUAAUCUUGGAGCUACCCAUGCAUUUUUCUAA